AUGGGUAUGGCUAUUAAUCAUUUGCCGCAGAUUCGCGAAGAAUGCGAAAUCUUCCAUCUAUCAGACAAACAACUCAGGGAGAUUAUGAACAGACUCCACAAUGACCUACUAAAAGGCCUUGGAAAAGACACACACGCAAAUGCCAUUGUCAAGUGCUGGAUCACAUAUAUUCAAGAUUUACCUAAUGGAAAAGAGCGAGGUAAAUUUUUGGCGUUAGAUUUGGGAGGAACCAAUUUUAGAGUGUUGAUAAUAAACUUAGGGGAAAAUCACUUCGACAUGCAAUCAAAAAUCUAUGCCAUUCCUAAUCAUAUUAUGACUGGUACAGGAGUCGCCCUUUUCGACCAUAUUGCUGAAUGUUUAGCAAAUUUCAUGAAGGAACAUGACGUAUAUGAAGAACGCUUAGCCCUUGGUUUCACGUUUAGUUUUCCGCUAAAACAGCUCGGUCUCACAAGAGGGCUGUUACAGCGUUGGACAAAGGGCUUUUCUUGUUCGGGCGUUGUAGGGGAGGACGUCGUACAGGGACUCAAAGAUGCUAUAGCACGAAGAGGGGACGUACAGAUUGAUAUAUGUGCUAUUCUGAAUGACACAACGGGCACAUUGAUGUCUUGCGCGUGGAAAAACCAUAACUGCAAAAUAGGACUCAUCGUUGGUACUGGCAGUAACGCAUGUUACGUAGAAAAGACAGAAAACUGUGAAAUAUUCGAUGGAGAACCGGGCAAGCCUGAACUAUUGAUAAACACCGAAUGGGGCGCUUUCGGCGACGAUGGGGCUUUGGACUUUGUAAGGACAGAAUUCGACCGCGACGUCGAUGUCAAUUCUAUCAAUCCUGGCAAACAGAUCCAAGAGAAGAUGAUAUCUGGAAUGUAUAUGGGAGAAUUAGUUCGCUUGGUUCUGGCCAAGUUCACAAGAAUGGGAUUACUUUUCGGAGGACGCGGAUCUGAUCUCUUGUUCCAAAGUGGAAGUUUUUAUACAAAAUACGUAUCGGAGAUCGAGUCGGAUAAACCAGGCGACUUCACAAGCUGUAUGGAUGUCCUUGAGGAACUUGGGUUGUCCCACGCUACAGAAGCAGACAUGGCGGCAGUGCGACAUGUGUGCGAGUGCAUAUCUCGCCGGGCGGCAUACCUAGUGUCAGCGGGCAUAGCCACUUUACUAAACAAAAUGGCCGAACCCCGCGUCACAGUCGGUAUCGACGGCUCCGUGUACCGUUUCCACCCACACUUUCACACGCUCAUGUGCGAGAAAAUCGCGCAACUCGUCAACCCUGGCAUUCAGUUCGACCUUAUGUUAUCUGAGGACGGCAGCGGUCGCGGGGCGGCCCUAGUCGCGGCAGUCGCGUGUAGACAACAAGCGCUAGCG